UUGCACCGUGCAUCCAGUGUUCCAGAGCGUGUCUAUAACAUGGGGAUUACUGAAAAUGAUUUUGCACCAAGAACUCCCUAUGGUUUCUCAUAUUAUCAGUCAAACCAGGUGGCCUCACCAUCUUCUUAUACAAAUGGCUGGGGGACAAGGAUUACUUACAGGACAAUGGAAGAGAGAGCUCAAAGACAGCCUCUGAAGAGACUAGAGGUUUCACCCCAACGAGGUCCUGAAAGAUUGGCAUAUGUGUCCAAUGAUUUUCACUAUGACGGAGGAAUUUCAACUGGAUUCUCCAUGAGAUACGGAGAUAGCAGGAGAUCCAGCGGGACUGUCCCACCAAGAUACGCUCGGUCUGAGAUUGUUGGUUACACUCUUCGUGAUUCAGUGAACAGGGGACGUUCUUUUAAGAGACAAUCCCACAUGGGGGCUGUUAAUGAUAGUGUCUUUGAUGGUGUCUACCCCAGCCCUGCUGUACCUCUGUACCAUCAAGCAGGCAACAGUCGCAGUAUGACCAACCUUUUGGAAAAGGAAAACUUUCUGACCUCUGGCAAUGCAAUGGGACAAGUGAGAUCACCAAUUGCUUCCCAUUUGAGGUCUCAGAACCAGCAAUCUGUGAGGUCCAGCUGGUACCAGACUACUUUCAGAAACACACAGAAUAGGAGGGAAGCUUCCCAGCCAGCUUCAAUAGCCAGUGUUGCCACAGAAACAGAUGGGAAGAGGAUGGCUUUGACAGCUGCUACGGCAGCAGCAGGGAGGAAUGGUUUCCUGCAGAGUGAACAAGUCACCGUCAAUGGAUCUCAGCUAGGGAGCCCAGAAGGGGAGAUGACUCUGGAGCGUGCAGUGAGCAUACUGAAGAGUGAAAAUACACAGUCCACACCUAGGAUUCUUGCUGCAGUGACUUUCAUACAGCAUGAGUGCUUCCAGAAAGCAGAUGCCAGAAGAAAAGUUUUCUCACUUGGUGGUAUCUCCAGACUUUUACAGCUUCUUGAUGUUCAGAACGAGGACAUUCAGCGGGCAGUGUGUGGUGCUCUGAGAAACUUGGUAUAUGAGGAUAAUGACAACAAACUGGAAGUGUCAGAGCAGAAAGGGAUCCCACUCUUGCUCCGCCUGCUCCGCCACACCAGGGAUAUAGAGACUAAAAAGCAAAUAACAGGUUUGUUGUGGAAUUUGUCUUCCAAUGACCAACUGAAGCACCUGCUGAUUAGAGAAGCCCUGGAGACACUGACUGAAUCUGUUCUCAUCCCUUACUCGGGCUGGCCAGAUCGAGAUUACCCAAAGUCAAGUGUUUUACCUGACCCUGAUAUCUUCUACAAUGCCACAGGAUGCUUGAGAAACAUGAGCUCAGCUGGCCCAGAAGGAAGGAAAAAGAUGAGAGAAUGUGACGGCUUGAUUGAUUCUCUUGUGUAUUAUAUUCAAGGAACUAUUGCAGACCACGAGCCUAAUGACAAGGCUACAGAAAACUGUGUGUGCAUUCUUCACAAUCUUUCCUACCAGCUAGAGACAGAGCUCCCUGAGAGCUAUGUCCAGAGCAUAUAUAUGCAAAGAAGAAAUAUUUCUAACAAUGAUAAAACACCAGGCUGUUUUGGAACACGGAGCAGAAAAGUAAAAGAGAAGCAGCAGGACACCCCGCUUCCUGAGGAAAAGAGCAGUCCCAGAGGUAUUGAAUCACUCUGGCAUUCCACACUGAUUAGGAUAUAUAUCUCCUUAAUAGCAAAGAGCACCAGAAAUUAUACCCAGGAAGCAUCCCUUGGAGCUCUUCAAAACCUCACAGCUGGCAGUGGACCAAUGCCAUUUGCGGUGGCCCGGACUGUUGUUCAGAAGGCAAGUGGCCUCCCAAGUAUUCGAAAUAUGCUGCAUGUGAGCCAUCCCACAGUAAAGAAGACAGCAGUCUCACUGCUCAGGAACUUGUCUCGCAACACCUCUCUGCAAAGUGAUAUAGCUAGAGAAGUUUUGCCUGAUUUGGUCUCGAUACUUCCUGAGUCUGUCCCAGGGUCUGAUAUUGUCUGUGAAACCACAGCAUCCAUCUGCUACACCUUGUACAAUUUGACACAGAGCAGUUCACACAAUGCACGACUUCUCCUGAGUGCCAAUGGCCUACCAAAGAUUAUUACCAUCAGCAUGAAUGACAGUAGUAUGUUCAGCAAAGCUAGUCGGGCGGCCUCAGUCCUCCUCUACUCCUUGUGGUCACAUACUGAUCUCCACAGCGUGUACAAAAAGGCUGAUUUUAAGAAGGCAGAUUUCAUCAAUACCCGGACCACAAAAGCCUAUAACUCACUAAAAGAUUGA